GCAGCGGGACUCCGCUCCCGCACCCUCCAGGCCGGCAGGCCGCCUGCCUCGCGGCGGGUCCGGCUGCCGCCGCGGGGCGGGGCGCGAAGAUGGCGGACGCGGGCGCGGGCAGAGACAAGUGCGGGGAGCCGCGGCUCGUGUCACUGCCCCUGUCCCGCAUCCGGGUCAUCAUGAAGAGCUCCCCCGAGGUGUCCAGCAUCAACCAGGAAGCGCUGGUGCUCACGGCCAAGGCCACGGAACUCUUUGUUCAAUAUCUAGCCACCUAUUCCUACAGACAUGGCAGUGGAAAAGAAAGGAAAGCACUCACUUACAGUGAUUUAUCAAAUACUGCAGAGGAAUCGGAAACUUUUCAGUUUCUUGCAGAUAUAUUACCAAAGAAGAUUUUAGCUAGUAAAUACCUGAAAAUGCUUAAAGAGAAGAGGGACGAGGAGGAGAAUGACAGCGAUGAUGGGAGUGCUGGGGAUGAAGCAGAAUCGUAGACCAAAGAGGAAGUGCCUUAGAAAUCAGCCUGCUGAGGACCCUCCUGGAUUAGCAGCAUUGCUUGGAAGUAAGCACAACACUGUGUGACUUCAGACUCCUCGCUUUUCAGAGACUUCAAGUGCAUUGGAUUCCUUCCUGGCUAAGAUAGAGCACCUGAUGUGCCCACACCAUAAAUGGCCAGAAGGAAAGUGACCCAGACAGCAGCCUCUCUCUGAGGGGCCCACGUUGCAGUUUGAGGGGGACACAGGGGCACCAAGAGAGCUGCCUGUACACUCAGGCCCUGACUGUUGAUCUGCAGCUGUAAGCUGUAGAGACAGACAAUUUUGCUUCACUUUUUAACUUACAGAUAGAUAUUGAAGAGCUUCUAAAGACCAGUUGUGUAAAUUCAUAGAUGUAUAUUUGGAAAUUA